CGCGCGAGACAAGCCCCGCCCACUGCCCACCACGCGCAGCUUCCCAUUGUCUCGCGCGGGAUGGCGCCUUCCACACACAAAAUGGUGUCUGUUGGAGCUUCCCAAGAUGGCGCCCUCAUCCAGUCUGACCUCCCCAAUAUGGAAGGUGGGUUUUGUGCUCUUGCGCAGUGCCAGCCCCGCACCUCCCACCGCGGGGACUGCUGGGAUCGCGGCGGACCUGGCGGGGCCGGAGCGGACGCCAUGGACGUGUUCCUCAUGAUCCGGCGCCACAAGACGACCAUCUUCACGGACGCCAAGGAGUCAAGCACAGUCCUGGAGCUGAAGCGUAUCGUGGAGGGGAUCCUCAAGCGGCCACCCGAGGAGCAGCGCCUCUACAAGGAGGAGCAGCUGCUGGAGGACGCUCAGACUCUUGGCGACUGCGGCUUCACCAGCCAAACGGCUCGGCCACAGGCCCCGGCCACCGUGGGGCUGGCGCUGCGCUGCCCAGGGUCCGGCUUUGAGGUGCUGCGCAUCGACCCCUUCUCAUCGCCCCCUGAACUCCCUGAUGUGAUGAAACCUCAGGAGGGCGGAGGCGGCGCCCCAGAGCCCCCCCUGCCCUGAACGCACCCCGACACGUGUGGACACGCCUGGAACAUGGGGGGGGAUAGGGAGGAACAUGGGAGAACAUGCUUGGGACAUGGGGAAUAAAUAACAUGCUUAGAA